UUUUUUGUUUUAUUAUUGAAAUUAUAGAAUAUAUCUUGAAAAUUAUAGCCAACGUUAUGUCGUAAACAAUUUAAAGCUAAUACAAGUGCAUAAUAUGAAAAGCAAUUAAAUGCAAGUGCAUUGAAGCAUGUCGCGUCGCGCCUUUCGAACAAAGCAGCAGCAGCAGUGAAAAUUCAACGCGAGACUGCAGAGUGAAAACGGCGCCAUUUUAAGAAACAAAACAAAGCCACAAGCAAAAGCAGAAACUAAAACUUGAAUGCAAUGCAAUUAAAGGCGGAAAAAGCAUUUGCAUAUGCCCAAAAAACAAUUUCUUUAUCGUUGUGCAUAAUCAAUUAAAACGCUAAAACGAAAAUACAAAACCGCCGCCCUUGAGUUGAAAUAUGAACAGUGGCCAAAAUGAGGCAGCAGCAGCAGCAAAAAAGGAAAAGGUUUUCGAAACGCAGCAACGUACACAAGAAUCCGGCAGUGAAAAUGAGGAAACUGACUCCAUUACGGAUCAAUCGAGUCAAUCGAAGUCUACGAAAUCAGCAACACAAUUUAGCGUGCAACGUUCGGAUACUGAUGGACUGCGAAUGAGAAUAUCAGCUAUAAGAAACCCGCCCACAACAACAACAGCAACGACAACGACAGCAACAAGUUUUGCAAAUUCAACGGUCAAGAAGCUGAAUACAAGAGAAGCAACUGCAACUGAGAAUACACGUAAAAAGCUGACAAAAGUGCGUAAAAUGAGUGAAGUAAAGGAAUCGAGCGGUUGCUCGACAGAGGCCAAGGACAGGAAUAAAGAGAAGGAAAUUGUCUUGUCCACUGCAAACACAACCAAAAAGAUCAAAGUCAAACGAAGGAAAAUUGCACAGAAGAGCUGUGGCAGCAUUAAUAAUAAUAAUAAUAAUAAUAAUAACAACAAUAAUAAUAGCAAAUCGAAGCGACCUUCGACAGCAGCUUUUAGCUCCGACUCUGAGGAUGAUUUGCCACUAAAGGUGCACUUGCAACGUGCACCGCGUUUGCUGCUCACAGCCAUAGUAGGAGGAGCAGGACAGGGACAAGGACAUGCCGACAAUAUGGGCAUUUCCAGCAGCGACAAUGAGGAUUUGCCGGAUUUGGUGAAAGCAGCCAUCAAACGUGUUGAAAGUGAUACCGAGGACAACAUUAGCGUGGCUGCAGCAACUGCAAAACCCAAGCAACAAUUGCCGCAAUAUCAAUCCACGCUUCUGCAGGACUUUAUGGAGAAAACUCAAAUGUUGAAUCACACAGGCAAUGCCACAAACUUGACAAAUGUCCCUAUACCGCAAACUACAACCACAGAGAGCAACUGCGUCCAGCAACAACAACAGCAGCCACAACGCAAGCGACGAGGUCGCCCCAAAAAGCUGCAGCCAACUGUUCCCGCUGCACCUGCGCCUGCUGCAGUUGCUCCAGUGGUGGUUGCAGUGCCCACAAUCAAUGAAUCAGCCGAUUCGGGUGUCAUUAGCACAACGCCAUCGCCCAAAAUGCAGCAGGCGGUGUUAAAUGAUAAUGCCAAGCCCAAGAUUGAUAUGGCCUAUUUGGAUAAGCGCAUGUAUGCCACAGAGCGUGUGUUGUAUCCACCACCGCGCAGCAAGCGACGCCAGAGCAACAAGAAGGCCAACAAGGAAGAGUUGCAGCUCGAUCCUCUCUGGCGCAAGAUCGAUGUGAAUAAGAAGUUUCGUUUGCGCACCGUUAGCGGCUAUAAAAGCGACGGAGGCGGCGGUGUCGGAGGCGGUGGCACCUCCAACACUAUUUGCAGCAAAAUUCUGGCAGCUAAAAGUGGUUAUGUCUCGGAUUAUGGCAGUGUGCGGCAUCAGCGUCACAAUCACAACUCUGGAUACAAGUCCGAUGCCAGCUGCAAGAGUCGCUACAGCAGCCGGAGUUGCGCCAGUCGCCGCAUGAGUCGCGCCAAGAGUUGUGGCUAUCGCAGCGACUGCAAGGAAUCAUCGGGUAAAUCCAGCAAAUCACUGCGUCGACGUAGACGCGCCUCCAUGCUAAAGAGCAGCCAUGAACAGGCCUCGAAUGCGUUGAACGAUGACCACGAUCAGGAUAUAUUGCAGCUGGCUGGACUCUCGCUCGGUCAGAGUAGCGAGGAGAGCAAUGAGUACAUUAGCAAGCCCAGUCUCAAGUGUUUGCCGAGCACAAGUGCCAGCAAGAAAUACGGAGAAAUCAAUCGUUUUGUAACUACUGGUCAAUAUUUUAGUGGAGCAACCAAAACAGCAACUGCAGGAGUAACUGGAGGAGGUGCAUCCACAACAACAGCAGCAGCAGACAGUUUUAUACAGGGUAAAAUGAUGCUACAGAGGAAGCAUUCCAUCAGCCAAGACACAAUUGUGCCAAGUAGAAGCGCCUGCAAAAUCAAGAGCCGACGAUCAUCAGCGGCCAGCAUGUGCAGCAGUUAUGUGUCCAGUGCGUCCAGGAUGCGUCGUCGUCACCGGCGCAAGAGUUUCAGUCAUGCCAAAUCAUUGAAUAUUGACUCGAAGCUUCUCACCGAGAUUGACAUAAUAGCGAGCACCUUUCACGCACGCUGUCGCAUCCAGGACGAUCGCCUGACAGCCAGCAGUGGAAAGGAGAAGCUGCUCGCCGAUGCCAACAAGUUGCAGGCCACAUUGACAGCGCCCAUUCCAGCCACGUUACCGUUGCUCAAUGGGAGCAGCAGCACAGCAAAUGCAGCAGUUGCAACGAAGCCUGUGAAGCGGGCGCUGAAGAAGCGUAAACUCAAUGAGCCUUUGAUAGACUUUGCCAUGCUGUCGGCGAGCGCUGGCAAUGGGAAUAGCAUGAGCAACAAUAGCAGCAGCAGCAACGGAGCCAAGAGACGCCAUAAGAAGUCGAGCAGCAACAGCGGGGGAAGUAAUAGUUCCAGUCCCGAUGAUCACAAAUUGCCGCUAAAGAAGCGUCAUUAUCUGGUCACAACUGGAGCGGAUGUGGCAACAGCUUUUGCCAGCAAUGGUAAACUGAAUGCUGAAGCUUGGGCAGCCGCAGCGGCGGCUGCAAAGAGUAGCGCCAAUACCAAAGCCCAGGCGCAGUUUAAUGCCAAGAAGCUAACUCCCAAGAAGCGUCAUUUGCUGGUCAGUCAAGAGGCUGCUGCUGGAGGAACAGCUGCGUCAACUGGAAGCGCCUCUCCACUACGCAUUGUCGUGGACAACAAUUCCAUUAGCGGUGGCAAACUGCUGGACAUAAGUCCCAGCUCCCUUUGCUCCCUCAAGCAGCAGCGUCGUCAAAGUAGCAAGUCAAAGGGAUCAACAAUUGCAUCCGCAGCUGGAGUUGCGACACGUGAGCUGCCCCAGCAGCUGCAGUCACCGGCCGGGAGCAGCAGUUGUCCGCCGCCGGGCAUCUUUGAGCCCUCCGUGGAGCUGGAAAUCCAGAUACCCAUUGCCAAGCUCAAUGAAUCAGUCAUUACCAAAUCGGAGGUGGAAUCGCCUUUGCUGUCCGCCCUGGACAUCAAAGAGGAUGCCAACAAAAAGGAACAAUGCCAGCGUGUGCUGGAAACGUUGCUCCACAAAACUGGUGGCAAUUUGUUGCUUAAGCGCAAGCGCAAGAAGAUCAAUCGAACCGGAUUUCCCACUGUGCGUCGCAAGAAGCGCAAAGUCAGCGUGGAGCAGGCAACCGCUCAGCCGCAACAACAGCCACAGCAUCAGCAAUCGGAGCAGCAGCAACAGUUGCCCGCGAGGGAAACUCGCAGUAGCAGCUCCUUGACACCCGCUGUGGCCAUGGACUGCGAACGUGUUCCCCAGGCGGGUGAAGCCAGAGAAACAUUUGUGGCACGCAGCAGCAAUCAGCGCACUCCACGCCUGUCUGUCGUGGCGUUGGAGCGAUUGCAGAGACCACAAACACCUGCCAACAUUACAGGGAAUGGCCGAGGCAGGCCCCGUGGCAGAGGUCGGCCCAAGAAGCUGGAGCAGCAGCCAGCGGAGGAGGUGCAGCCAGUCAAGAAGCGUGGGCGAGCUGCCAAGCAGGCGGAGAUGGAGUUGCCCAAGGUGGAACGGAGAUUGGAGUCUAGCAUUAAAUUGCCUGCUGGCAUUGAUCCCAAUACAAACUUUAGUUGUAAAAUACGCCUUAAACGUCGCAAAAAUAUGCAGCACGAGGAGAAUUCGGCCAAGCAGACGCAGACGCCUCCACCUGAAGAACCAACGCCACAAUCGAAUGAUGAGCAGAUCCAAAUCGAUGCGGAAGCAGCAGCCAAACGGAGCCAGCAACCCGUGCCGGCCAUUGAGCAUGAUCCUCUGCCUGCACAGGAGUCGACAGCUAAUCAGGCGCUGGAUUACGCCAGUUGCAGUGACACCAGCGAGGAUAAAUGCAGCACAGCGUCACAGCGCAAGCGUUCCAAGCUGAAGAAGAACUUUCUGGUGGCAGGUCUCUUCUCCAACCACUACAAGCAAUCCUCCGCAGCGGCUAUUGCAGUCAAACAACCAAGCAGGAAGCUACCUGGAGAUGCAUCUUCUGGGGAGCUCCAGCUGAAGGGCAGCUCUUUGUUGCCUGCUCCAAGCUAUUGCGAGAAGUAUUUCCGACGCACCCUCAAUGACUUUGAGCUACCCUAUGAUAUCUGGUGGGCCUAUAGCCAUGAUAAGUUGCCCACUCGACAUGUGGUGCCAUCUUGGAACUAUCGCAAAAUCCGCACCAAUGUUUAUGCGGAGUCAGUGCGUCCCAAUCUCGCUGGAUUUGAUCAUCCCAAUUGCAACUGCAAGCCUCAAUCAAAUGGCGCCUGUCUCGACAAUUGUCUCAAUCGCAUGGUCUACACGGAAUGCGCUCCCAGCAAUUGUCCCGCUGGCGACAAGUGUCGCAAUCAGAAGAUACAACGUCAUGAAGUGGCGCCUGGUGUGGAGCGUUUCAUGACCACCGACAAGGGAUGGGGUGUGCGGACAAAGCUGCCCAUUGCCAAAGGCACCUACAUCCUGGAGUAUGUGGGCGAGGUGGUUACGGAGCGUGAGUUUAAGCAGCGCAUGGCCAGCAUUUAUCUAAAUGAUACGCAUCAUUAUUGCCUGCACCUGGACGGUGGAUUGGUCAUUGAUGGCCAGCGCAUGGGCAGCGAUUGUCGCUUUGUUAAUCAUUCUUGUGAGCCCAAUUGCGAGAUGCAAAAGUGGAGUGUCAAUGGUUUGUCGCGCAUGGUUCUCUUUGCCAAACGUGCCAUUGAGCAGGGCGAGGAACUCACCUAUGAUUACAAUUUCUCACUGUUCAAUCCCUCCGAGGGCCAGCCCUGUCGUUGCAAUAUGCCCCAAUGUCGAGGCGUCAUUGGUGGCAAGUCUCAACGUGUUAAACCACUUCCGGUGGAAUCGAAGGCGACUACGGGUGCAGAGGGUGCCACCACUGGAGUCAAGGAUGCCAGUGGCACUCAGAAUGGAAGACAACGCAAGCACAAGGCCAAGAAACAUGCACAACGCCAACAGCAGGCGGCCAAGGAGGCGGAGGUCGUUGCACGGGUGCAGCAACUUUCCGAGAAGGAAAAGAAACUCGUCAAGCAGUGCAACAUCUUUCUGGUGCGCAACUUUGAGAAGAUUCGUCGCUGUAAAGCAAAACGAGCAGCGGCAAAAGCGCAGACGGCUAGAGUAAGUCCUACGGCUGCUGGAGAUGCUGAAUUACCGGGACGUCGACCGUCGACGCCUUCAUCAACUUCACUGUUAGCCGCUCAGAUCUCAGCGCUGUGCACGCCGCGCAACAUGAAGACACGUGGAUUAACGCAAGCCGUACAGGAUCCGGAGCUGGAGAAGAUGGCCAAAAUGGCGGUGGUGUUGCGUGACAUAUGCACUGCCCUGGAGUCGGUCAAAAUGUUCGAGCUGCUUGCAACUGUGUCCAGCAAUAAGAAGAAGAAACAGUUGAAGGCGGCACGUCUCGAUUUCAAGGCAAUACAAGCGCAAGUGGAGCAAGGACAUUAUAAAACCCCACAGGAAUACGAUGAGCAAAUGCAGCAGCUCUUUGCAGAAGUCCGUCAACUGCAUGGCGAUGAUGACACCAAGUCCAAGGCUCUGGAAACGCUGAUGGCAAGCUACGAACAGCAGAAGGUGAGUAGCUACGCCCAGCUACUUGAGAUCCUUGGAAAGCCGGAAGUAUUGCUUAACUUCAAGCCCCAGCAGGAGCAGCAAACAAAGCAGUCACAGGGAGCGGAAACUGCAGUUGCUCCAGCAGAGAAAACGAAUUCCGAUGCUGCACAAUUGCCACCCGGAGAUGAAGAGGAUGUCAUACGCUGCAUAUGUGGCCUGUACAAGGACGAGGGAUUGAUGAUUCAGUGCGCCAAGUGCAUGGUCUGGCAGCACACAGAGUGCACAAAGGCGGACAUCGAUGCGGAUAACUAUCAAUGUGAAAGAUGUGAGCCACGUCAAGUGGAUCGCGAGAUACCCUUGGAUGACUACACGGAGGAGGGUCAUCGAUACUAUCUCUCGCUAAUGCGCGGGGAGCUGCAGGUGCGCCAGGGCGAUGCGGUUUAUGUGCUGCGCGACAUACCCAUCAAGGAUGAGACGGGAAAGGUGUUGCCCAGCCAGAAGCAUACAUACGAGACAAUUGGAGCGAUUGACUAUCAAGAGUGCGACAUCUUUCGCGUUGAGCAUCUGUGGAAAAACGAGGAGGGAAAACGUUUCAUCUUUGGCCAUCACUUUUUGCGACCGCACGAGACUUUCCAUGAGCCAUCGCGACGCUUCUAUCCCAAUGAAGUGGUGCGCGUCUCACUGUACGAGGUGGUGCCUAUUGAGCUGGUGAUUGGACGCUGCUGGGUGCUGGAUCGUACUACAUUCUGUAAGGGGCGGCCCAUGGAGUGCAACGAUGAGGAUCAUUGUUUCAUAUGUGAACUGCGCGUGGACAAAACGGCUCGUUUCUUCUCCAAGGCCAAGGCCAAUCAUCCGGCGUGCACGAAAAGCUAUGCGUUUAGAAAGUUUCCGGAAAAACUGAAGAUCUCAAAGAGCUAUGCGCCACACGAUGUGGAUCCAUCGUUGUUGAAAACGAGGAAGCAAAAGACUGAUAUAGAAGUAGCUACAACGCCCUUAAAAGUGGGCAGGCAGGAGCAGAGAACGGGCCAAGCAUCGGGAAGCAGAAAGCAUCGCAAUGUUCAAACUGGGGCUGUGCCUGCGGCAACAGGAGCAGCACCUGAAACAGCUGUUCAAGUGUUGACGCCAGUGGCGCCGAAUGGACAGGUGAUAAAAAAGAAACGCUCACGCUUGGAGAACGUUCUCAACACCAUGAAGCUCAAAUGUCUGGAUGCACAGACGGCACAGGAGCAGCCCAUCGAUUUGUCCUAUUUGCUGAGCGGACGCGGCGCCCGUCAACGGAAAACCAACUGCACCAACGGCAGUGGUAAUACCAACAACAGCAACAGCAGUAGCAGCAAUAACAAUAACUUGGCAACGCCUUGCGCCUAGUGGAUGCUUAAAUGUUUGGCCAUGUAUAUAAAAUAUCGACUUUAGAGGCAUUGCGUACUAUUUAUACAUAAUUAUUAAAACUAUAUGUUUAGUGAUAGCUAUUAAGUUGUAAAGCGCAGAAAAUGGUGAUAGUAGUAAUUCUAGUUUGUAAAUUGUUAUGAACAACUUCUUGAGCAACUUAACAUUAUGUACGAUUAUUUAUAAAUACCACAAUUAACUAUAUGAUUAUUGCAAUUAUUUUUACAUAUUAAUGAAUGAUUAUUGUAUUUAUUGCAAUUAUAUUUAUAUAAAUUCAUGUAUGCCUAAUCUUUAUAGACGAAUUACUUAUGCUUUUUGAAAUGGUUUCACAUAUGCAUUUCCAUUUAUUAUUAUGUUUUACAAAAACCAA